GCAACUUCAUCACUCUCUCUUCAUUCUUCAUUCUUCAUCACACACGAUGAAUUCGCGAUACCAAAAAGAAAACUUAGACAGAUUCAUCCCAAAUAGAUCAGCCAUGGAUUUCGGUUACGCUCUCUCCAUGCUCACUGAACCCCACCGGAAAAAGGUUAACUCAUCGGCGCCGAUCACGGCGUCCAGCGAAGCCUACCGGAGAGCACUCGUCGAUGCUGCUAAUCUCCCAACUAGAAUCUUAGCCUUCCGCAACAAACCACUAAACCCUAGAAAUGUUGAUGUUCCCCUUUCUCCUCCUCGAUGCAAACCCCCAAAACCUAAAAGACACAUUCCUAAGCAUUGUGAGGGGCGUUUUAAAGUACCUGCAAUGAGAGAUGAUUUCAGCUUGAAUCUAUUAGAUUGGAGUAAAAAGAAUGUAGUUACUCUUGCAAUGGACACUAGGGUUUUAAUUUGGAAUCCUUCAAUGAAAACAAACACUAGUGCAGAAAUUGUGGAUGAUCAUGAAGAAGGUUUUUUUACAAGUGUUUGUUGGAGCCCAGAUGGACGUUUUAUAACCAUUGGUUUGGAUAAUUCCACUGUACAGAUUUGGGAUGCAUUUUCGCCUAAGCCUAGAAAGGGUAUUGAGGGAUGGCACAGCGGAAUUGUGGGCUCAUUGGUUUGGAACGGUCCUAUUCUAACUACAGGAGGAACAGACGGGAGAAUAGUAAAUCAUGAUGUUAGAGUGAGAUCUCACAUAGUUGGAAGUGUCAGGGGACACAAACAAGGGGUUUGUGGGCUCAAGUGGUCACCUUCAGGUACUCAGUUGGCGAGCGGAGGAAAUGAUAAUGUUGUUCGCAUAUGGGAUAUUUCAGUUGAUUCUUCAGAUUCACGAUCUACCGGUUGGCCUCACAGAUUUGAGGAACACACGACUUCUGUCAGGGCACUGUCUUGGUGUCCAUUUGAAAACAAUUUAUUAGCUUCUGGUGGAGGUGAAGGCGAUCAUUGCAUUAAGAUGUGGAACACACGCACGGGUGCAUGCUUGAAUUCUGUUGACACAGGAUCACAGGUAUGUGCAUUGGCUUGGAACAAGAACGAGCGUGAGCUUCUUAGCUCCCAUGGUUUCCCUCAUAACCAGCUUACCUUGUGGAUGUAUCCUUCCAUGUUGAAGAUGGGUGAGCUUAACGAUCACACCUCGAGGGUGUUGUACAUGGCACAGAGUCCAGAUGGGUGUACUGUCGCAACUGCAUCUGGAGACAAGACUCUGAGAUUUUGGAAUGUUUUUGAAACCCCAACAGCAGCACCAAUCAAAAAAUAUGAGUCAUACCCUUUUAGUGAUUUUAACAUCCAUUGAAAAACGAUUUAUUGUAAUUUU